AUGGUGCAGCGCCUGACAUACCGCAGGCGGCACAGCUAUGCCACCAGGUCCAACAAAGUGCGCAAGGUUAAGACACCAGGUGGCAAGCUAGUGUUCCAAUACACAAGGAAAAAGCCCUCUCCCAGGAUCUGUGGAGCCACUGGCGUGAGGCUCAAUGGGAUUCCCUCGCUGCGGCCCAAGGAGAUGAGCAACCGGCAGCUGUCGCGGCCGUCCAAGACGGUGCACCGCAUCUACGGAGGCCACUUGAGCCACGCCGUGGUCAAGGACCGUAUCGUGCGCGCAUUCCUCAUCGAGGAGCAGAAGAUCAUCAAGAAGGUGCGCUGCUGUGGGGCACUUACUUCUGUCAUGUGGUGCUUCAUUGGUAUGUCUACAAAGGCAAACCUGACAUGGAUGGCCCCAGCCUUCGGCCUGGAUCCUCAGGCCCCAGCACGGCUUUGUGGACAAUGGACAGGACUAUCUUUUGUUCCAAACCUCAGUGUUUCUGGGCUCUGGGAUCCAAACAAUUCCUGUAGUGGUCAGGGAUGCGCAAGUUAA